AUGAAAUUGUCCAUUAUAAUACCCACUCACAACGAAAAAGACAAUGCGCCUCUUUUAAUGUUUCUUAUUUCAGAAGUUCUAAAGGAUGUUGAAUAUGAAAUAAUUAUAGUUGAUGAUGGAAGCACAGAUGGAACAUCUGAUGCAUGUAAUGAAGUGCUAAAUAAAUUAGGCAUUAAUGGAAAAGUCCUUACAAGAAAGGAAAAGCUCGGAUUAGGAAAUGCCUAUAAAAGAGGGCUAGAGCAUACAACUGGAGAUUAUAUAGUUAUUUUAGACUCUGAUCUAAGCCAUGAUCCCAGAGAGAUACCUAAUCUCAUAAAGAAGAUGAAGAAUACAAAAGCAGGCAUUGUUAUAGGCUCAAGAUAUACAGGAGAAGGAGGCAUGUCCAACUGGCCAUUUAGUAGAAAGCUCACGAGUCAGGGUGCAAACAUACUUGCAUACAUAUUCACAGGAAAGAAAAACACGGAUAUGACAAAUAGCUACCGAAUAUAUAAAAAAGACAUAAUUCAUUAUGCAAUCCAGAGCGUAAAAGCGUCAGGAUUUGCAUAUCAAAUGGAAAUACUGUACCAUUGCCCGCAGAAAAUAGAAGAAAUCCCGACCUGUUUUUAUGAAAGACUAACCGGGUAUUCUAAGCUAUCUGGAAAUGAGUAUGCACAGUUUCUUUUGUGGGGAGGGACUCUUCUAGCCUCUCGUGCCAUGAGCUAUGUAAAAGACUUGAUAUAUGUUUAGGGGUAUGCUACUAUGUGCAUGCCCAAAAAAUCAUUGUUU